GGGGGAAGGUGGGGGGGGCAAUCAUGGUGCCGCUGGGGAGGGGAAGAGCUGCUGCCGCCGCUGUCGUUGCCGGGUGCCGCCAAGACUGGUCCUCAUCCCAUAUCUCACAAUUUCACUGAGCUCUAUUGAACCAUGGGGGAAAACAGUCCAGAAGACAAUAUCAUUUGUUAUGAGGCAGAGGAAGAUGAACUGUCACAUCAUGAUAAAAUACUCAGGUUUGUGGAUAAGAACGGACUGAUGCCUUCUUCAUCUGGAACAGUUUAUGACAGGACAACUGUUCUUAUUGAGCAGGACCCUGGCACUCUGGAAGAUGAUGAUGAUGAAGGACAAUGUGGAGAACACCUGCCUUUUUUAGUGGGGGGUCCUGAUGAGGGAUAUCACUUAAUAGAUCAUGAAGGAAUGUCACAGGGUUAUGUGCAGCACAUCAUCUCUCCAGAUCAGAUCCAUUUAACCAUAAAUCCUGGUUCAACUCCUAUGCCGAGAAACAUUGAAGGUGCGACUCUCACCCUCCAGUCUGAGUGCCCAGAAACGAAGCGCAAAGAAGUGAAGCGGUACCAGUGCACCUUUGAGGGCUGCCCUCGCACCUAUAGCACGGCUGGCAACCUGCGCACCCACCAGAAGACCCACCGAGGAGAGUACACUUUUGUCUGCAACCAAGAGGGCUGUGGCAAAGCUUUCCUCACCUCCUAUAGCCUCAAGAUCCAUGUGCGAGUACACACGAAGGAGAAGCCAUUUGAGUGUGAUGUGCAGGGCUGUGAGAAGGCGUUCAACACAUUGUACAGGCUGAAAGCACACCAGCGGCUGCAUACAGGGAAAACCUUUAACUGUGAAUCAGAAGGCUGUAGCAAGUACUUCACCACGCUUAGUGAUCUGAGGAAGCACAUUCGAACCCACACAGGAGAAAAGCCAUUUCGGUGUGAUCAUGAUGGCUGUGGGAAGGCAUUUGCAGCAAGCCACCACCUUAAAACACACGUCCGAACACACACUGGUGAAAGACCCUUCUUCUGCCCCAGCAACGGCUGUGAGAAGACAUUCAGCACUCAGUACAGUCUCAAAAGUCAUAUGAAAGGUCAUGAUAACAAAGGACAUUCAUAUAAUGCACUUCCAAAUAGCAUGUCUGAGGACACAAACCACUCACUUUGUCUGAGCGACUUGAGCCUCAAAUCCAAGGAUUCUGAGCUACGAGAAAAUUCCAAUACAACACAUGGCCAAGACCUUAGCACAAUUUCACCAGCAAUCAUCUUUGAAUCAAUGUUCCAGAACUCAGAUGAUACUAUCAUCCAGGAAAACAAGCAGACAGCUGCCUUGAUUGAAAGUUUUAAUGGUGAUACAGAGUCAGUCACCGCUGUUCCACCCUCCACGGGAGAUUCAGCAUCUUUAUCUCUUCCACUUGUACUGCAGCCUGGCAUCUCCGAGCCUUCUCAGUCUGCACUACCUGCCUCCACACCGCCUGCUCCUCCUCUUCUGACUGCUCCCUCCAUAGGAACUGGUUCCCAGCCACCUGCAUUUGGAACCCACCCUGCUAUUUUGCAGCCUCCAGAAGGGCCAGUUGGCCACAGCACACAGUUUGCUGCUAAUCGCCAAGAGUUUCUUCCGCACCCUCAGCCACCGCCGACCCUUGUGCCAGGACUUUCUGUCGUUGCCGGGGCUCCCCCGGUAACAGCGGCACCACCAACUACCACUGAGGCCGUGCCAGCUCUGGUUCAGACUCUGCCUCUAGGGGCCACUCCUGUUCUGACGAGCAAUCCCACCAUAACCAUCACACCAACUCCCAGCACGGCUAUUCUGCAGUCCAGCAUAGUGAUGGGAGACCAGAAUCUACAGUGGAUCCUCAAUGGUGCAACUGGCCCUCCCCAAAACCAAGAGCAAAUUCAACAAGCUUCUAAGGUAGAGAAAGUGUUUUUUACCACUGCAGUACCUGUCGCUAGCAGUGCAGGGAGCUCUGUGCAGCAGAUUGGCCUCAGUGUUCCUGUGAUCAUCAUCAAACAGGAGGAGGCCUGUCAGUGCCAGUGUGCGUGCCGGGACUCUGCCAAGGACCGAGCUGCUGGCAGUGGCGGCAGCAGCAACAGCCAGAGGAAGGGCUGUUCCUCACCGCCUCCUCCAGAGCCCAGCCCUCGGGUUCCUGAUGGCCCAUCUCUCCAUCUAGCCCCCCAGACUUUUCCCUCUUCUACUCCAUUGUCAUCCUCCUCCAUCUCCCCUUCUGGCAGCCGGAGCAGACAGGCAGAGAACCCUUCAGACUCUCAGACUGAGUCAUUAAGUGCCAUGGACGUAUCCGAGUUCCUGUCCCUCCAGAGCCCAGACACCCCAUCCAACUUGAUUCCCAUCGAAGCACUGCUGCAGGGGGAGGAAGAUAUCGGCUUAACCAGCAGCUUUGCUAAAUGAAGCGCCCUUGGCUCGCUCGCUUGCUUCUGAGAAGAAAGCCGAGCAGAGCUACACAGAACAGAUGGCCUCCUUCUGGAGGUCAGGAGUUUGAAGGAUGAAGAGGUUUGCUGUUGGGAAGUCAUACUUCUCAGACAUCAUUUCUUUAUUCCCAUACCAGGAAUGUCCAUUUUAAGGAACCGAUCUUUGGAAAAAAAAACAACAACAACAAAAACAAAAAAAAAAACACAGAAAAAGCUAAGUUAUAAAUGAACUAUUUUGGCUGCACUGUAUGUCACUUUUGCAUAUUGUCAUGUGAACAUGGAAAUUAAGGUUACUCGUAUGCAUAAAAAUUCUAAAUUGAAAGGGGUGUGGUUACCAUCAAUCUUAGAUUGUUUAUUACUUGUAUUGGGGCAUUUGCAGUUUGGGCAGUGUAGUCUCAUUACAGCUCCCAGGUGUCUAUUUUUCCUGGGUAGAUUUGAGACUAAGCCACAAACUGAAAUGCGGGCCAGUGACCCCAAAGAGGGGAAAGAGUGGUAGUAGAGGAAGAAGCUGUGUGUGUUGGGCAGGACUCAAGUGUGCUUGGUGUGUGGCAAGGAGCCUCAGGGAAGGCUGAGGCCAGUGGCUACAGAGGAUACAGGGACCUGGAGAGCCUGAUGUUUGGUGUGGGGCCCAGGCAGGGCACUGACUUGUGUUGGCUGGAAGACCAGCACUAGGAUGUCAUGUGUGUUCAGGGUGGACAUGAGCAAGGUGGUCAUGGUUUCUUUAUCUCCUUGGCUUUUCCAGGAUCUCUCUUGGCUAUUGGGAGCUAUAGGUUGUAGUGACUUUCAGGAAGGGAAAGGAUCCCUGUUUGUACCUUUGAGCCGACUGCCAUGUUUGGUGUAGAGUCUCUUUGUUGACUUUUACCCUCUCUUGGGCCACUUGACCUUUGCAGAGCAAAGGUGGGCCGACUUUGUCAAGAUGAGGUGAGAGCUGAAGGAAGUCUUCAGAUGGAGCCUGGGGAGGCUGCCCUGCUUGGGGUCCUGGUCCAGCGAAUCAGCUGCUUCCUGUCUGGUUUUGCCCUGUAUCCUUACUAAUGCAAACGAGUAUAAUUUCUCUGUUGACAUGUGCAACAUAGCUUAGUAAUUUGAUAUGAAAACUAUGAUCUUCUAACCUACUCAGGGUAAAGUAAAGCAAAAUUUUAAAAAAAAAUCCCCCUUCCACCAAAAAGCCUGAAGUGUUGCAAUAAGGUUUUUUUUUUU